ACGUGCGGCCGGGAGGGGCGUUAGAGGCCGGGAGUCUGCAGGAAUGUAGUUAACUUGCAGGGGAAAGUUUCCCUCCGCGGAUGGCCGCGGAUCCUGUGCGGGCGGGCGCGCAGAGGAAGGAAGAGCCGGGAGGAGGCGGAGCCGCGAGCGGCUCGGGCGGGCGGUUCUCUCAACUUUAGUUUUGGCGUCUGAGGCGAGUUUCUGUCUCAGUCGGGCGCAGCCGCCGCCGGGGAAAAGAAAGGGAGGAAGGAAGGAAGGAACAAGAAGAGGAAAUAAGAGAGAAAGGGGGAGGGGAAAGGCAACUAGCUGUCCGGCAUCCGUCAAGGGCGUGAAGGAAAAAAGUUCUCGGGCGCGCAGGUCCGGGUCUCUCGCAGCCCCUCCCGAAGCGCAGCCGCCAGACCAGUGGAGCCGGGGCGCAGGGCGGGGGCGGAGGCGCCGGGGCGGGGGAUGCGGGGCCGCGGCGCAGCCCCCCGGCGCUGAGAGCAAGGCGAGCGCCGCUCCCGCCGCCCAGCGCCGCCGGCCCGCCACCCUCGCCGGUUCUCCCAUCUCGGCCCGUCGAGCCGGGGCGCCCGGGCGGAGCCCUUGCCCGCCUGGUCGGGGUGCGCGUCGGGGGAGGGAGAAACCAUGGAUCCCGGGCAGCAGCAGCCGCCGCCUCAGCCAGCCCCCCAGGGCCAAGGGCAGCCGCCCGCGCAGCCCCCCCAGGGGCAGGGCCCGCCGUCCGGGCCCGGGCAGCCGGCACCCCCGGGGUCCCAGGCGGCACCGCAGGCCCCCCCCGCCGGGCACCAGAUCGUGCACGUCCGGGGGGACUCGGAGACCGACCUGGAGGCGCUUUUCAACGCCGUCAUGAACCCCAAGACGGCCAACGUGCCCCAGACUGUGCCCAUGAGGCUCCGGAAGCUGCCUGACUCCUUCUUCAAGCCUCCAGAGCCCAAGUCCCACUCCCGACAGGCCAGUACUGAUGCAGGCACUGCAGGGGCCCUGACUCCACAGCAUGUUCGAGCUCAUUCCUCUCCAGCUUCCCUGCAGCUGGGAGCCGUAUCUCCUGGGACAUUGACACCCACGGGAGUAGUCUCUGGCCCAGCAGCUACACCCACUGCUCAACACCUUAGACAGUCUUCUUUUGAGAUACCUGAUGACGUACCUCUGCCAGCGGGCUGGGAGAUGGCAAAGACAUCUUCUGGUCAGAGAUACUUCUUAAAUCACAUAGAUCAAACAACAACAUGGCAGGACCCCAGGAAGGCCAUGCUCUCCCAGAUGAACGUCACAUCCCCUACCAGUCCACCAGUGCAGCAGAACAUGAUGAAUUCAGCCUCAGGUCCUCUUCCUGAUGGAUGGGAACAAGCCAUGACUCAGGAUGGAGAAAUAUACUAUAUAAACCAUAAGAACAAGACCACCUCUUGGCUAGACCCCAGGCUUGACCCUCGUUUUGGUAAAGCCAUGAACCAGAGAAUCAGUCAGAGUGCUCCAGUGAAACAGCCACCACCCCUGGCCCCCCAGAGCCCUCAGGGAGGAGUCAUGGGUGGUGGCAAUUCCAACCAGCAGCAACAGAUGCGGCUGCAGCAGUUGCAGAUGGAGAAAGAGAGACUGCGACUGAAGCAGCAAGAACUGCUUCGGCAGGUGAGGCCACAGGCAAUGCGGAAUAUCAAUCCCAGCACAGCAAAUUCUCCAAAAUGUCAGGAAUUAGCUCUCCGUAGCCAGUUACCAACACUGGAGCAGGAUGGUGGGACUCAAAAUCCAGUAUCUUCUCCUGGGAUGUCUCAGGAAUUGAGAACAAUGACGACCAAUAGCUCAGAUCCCUUUCUUAACAGUGGCACCUAUCACUCUCGAGAUGAGAGCACAGACAGCGGACUAAGCAUGAGCAGCUACAGUGUCCCUCGGACCCCAGACGACUUCUUGAACAGUGUUGAUGAAAUGGAUACAGGUGACACUAUCAACCAAAGCACCCUACCCUCACAGCAGAACCGUUUCCCAGACUAUCUUGAAGCCAUUCCUGGGACAAAUGUGGACCUUGGAACACUGGAAGGAGAUGGAAUGAACAUAGAAGGAGAGGAGUUGAUGCCAAGUCUACAAGAAGCUUUGAGUUCUGACAUCCUUAAUGACAUGGAGUCUGUUUUGGCCGCCACCAAGCUAGAUAAAGAAAGCUUUCUUACAUGGUUAUAGAGCCCUCAGGUAGACUGAAUUCUAAAUCUGUGAAGGAUCUAAGGAGAUAUACCUGAAAUUUCCAAAUAAGCCGGUUGUGAUCUUCUGGCUAAUACAGAAAAAGAUGAACAAACGUCCAGCAAGAUUCUUUCAUCCACUAUUUUGCUCUUCCUUGUCCAUUGCUGCUGUUAAUAUAUUGCUGACCUCUUCCAUGUUUGGCUCUAAAGAAUCAAAAAAAACUUUUUUUGUUUCUUUUGCUAUUAUAACUACUGUUUGUUUUGGGGGCUGGGGGAAGUGAGCCUGUUUGGAUGAUGGAUGCCAUUCCUUUUGCCCAGUUAGACGUUCACCAGUCAUUUUAACUAAAUACUCAGACUUGGAAGUCAAAUGCUUCACGUCACAGCAUUUAGUUUGUUCAAGCAAUUGUUUCUUCAGCUGCCUUUGGCCAGUGGAAAAACAUGACUUACUGGUCUGACAAGCCAAAAAUGUUGUAUCUGAUAUUAAGUACUUAUGCUGAUUUGAAGAGAUAGCUGAAACCAAGGCUGAAGACUGUUUUACUUUCAGUGGGUUUUUUUUCCUCCUAGUGCUAUCAUUAGUCACAUAGUGACCUUGAUUUUAUUUUAGGAGCUUAUAAGGCUUGAGAUAAUUUCCAUAGAAAUAUAUUAAUUAUUGCCACAUACUCUAGUAUAGGUUUUGGUGGGUUUUAUUGUGGUUUUUUGUUGUUGUUGUUUUUGGUUUCUUUUUUGUUUGUUUUUUGUCUUGGUUGGGGUUUUUAUUGUUUGGGGGUUUCUUUUUUUUCUUUUUUUUCUUUUUUUUUUUUUUUUUUGUUGUUGUUGUUGUUUCUCAGAACUUAGGCAAAUUACCAUUAUAGUGAAUCUGUUUAUACUUGUAGCUUGGGACAGUUAUUGUAGUUCCUUUGGUAAAUCUACAUGUCCUGGUUUUUUUUACCAUCUUAUUGAAAUCUUGGUAAUCUGCUCUCUCUAUAUAUACCCACACACACACUUAUAAUGUUUAUGAUAGUGUGAUAGCAGAAUGUAUCUUUUUUUUUUUAAGUUUUCCCUACUUUCCAAUUUAUUUUAAAAUGGUAGCUUUGAAUGUAUGCAUUUAGAAUACAUGACUAGUAGUUUAUAUUUCACAGGUAGUUUAAAUCUGGUUGGGGCAGUCUGCAAAUGUUGGUGGUAGUUUAGUGUUCUAGAAAGGGCUGUUAUUAUGGGUAGUGCCUAGCGGAGUCCUGUAUGCCCUCUGGGCACACAAUGGAUAUUAUCUGAUGAAUUUGAAAGAAGCAAACAAGAAAUGGCUUUAUUAUCCCCUGGUUAGUCCCUCAGACUAAUUUACGUCUUGAUGGGAAAUCACUGAGUUAGGUUCAUAGUGUACAUGACAGAAGUAAGCUUUAUAUAGUGGUUUACCUUCCUUUAGCUUUGAAAGUUUACCUUUGCCUUAGUUUUGGAAGUAAAUUCUAGUACUCUAGUUCUCUUUUGUAAUGAACACAUUAAGGACUACAUUGAAAUAUUACCUACAAAAUCGUUCUUCUAAGACUUGCUUCUGCUUCUGUAUGCUGAGAAUUGACCCUGGAUAGUGUAUAGAAUACUGUAAGGUCAUAAGUUAGCUGGUAAAGUGAUCAGAUUAAUGUAUAUUGGUAGUUGAAUUUAGCAAAGAAAUAGAGAUAAUCAUGAUUAUACUUUUAUUUUUACUGGAAGAGAUAUAACUAGAGUAUGUGUCUACAGGAGUAAUAAUGUUUUCCAAAGAGUAUUUUUAAAGGAACAAAAUGAGCAUGAAUCAAACCUUCAGUAUAAGCUAUGAAGUAAUACUUGGUUGUGAAUUAUAGUGGUAUCAGCUAGCACCUCUAUGAUUAAGGGUCUUUCAGUGUUUCUAGAGUAAGCCCUUAUUUUCAAGGGUUUAUAAGACAUAAAAUCUCUUUUCCUGGCUAAAACUGCUAUGAAAAGCCUCAGCUUAGGAAGACAAGUAUUGUUUUUUUUCUUUCUUUCUGAUUACAGAAUCUAAGCAUUUUGACCCUUCAAUUUAGAGGAGUGCAAAAGUUGGAAGUAAGAAGUUUUAUAUUAAGUAAUUUCAGUGCUCAAAAUGCAAUCACUGUGUUGUAUAUAAUGAUUCAUAGGUUGAUCAUUCAUAAUAAUUGACUCUAAGGCUAUUAUUAAGAAAACAGAAGAAAGAUUAAAUCUUGAAUUAAGUCUGGGGGGAAAUGGCCACUGUGCAGAUGUAUUGAUUUUUUUAGAGGAAUAAUGAAAUUCUGCCUAGAAUGCAUAAUUGAGUUUAUGGAUGGAUGAUACAGCAUGUUGGCUUUUUUAUGUGCAGAAGAUCAAAGCUACUUGGAAGGAGUGCUUACAAUUUGCCAUUAAGCCACAAAUUAAGAUCGCAUUUUAUAUAUCAGCAGAGUAGCUUUAGAUUAGGGGAGAGGGUGGGAAGGUGGGAGGGGAGUUGUGAAGACUUAGUGGGACCUUGAUAGAGAACUUUAUAAGCUUCUUUUUCUUCAAUAAAGACUUGUCUUGCAUCUUGCUGUCAUUAAAGUCAGUUGUUCCUAAAAUUUUAAUCACUCAAGUACACCCACAAAACAAAACUACGGAGUUCUUCAUUUCCUCUCACCUUUAAUUUACCCAGUUAUACCUCAGUGUUGAAGCAGCACCGUGGUACCUAACAGACAUGGUGCUUUGAUCUUAUCGUACCCUCUGUACUCACCUGAAGGAGACCUAAGCCUUUCUCUUUCUGAGUUUGAAUCACAGCCUUGACGUGCUCUUCCUUGUUUUAUGUCCUUAUUCCUAAUGUAACGUGUUUAACUGCUUCUUGGUUGUAUUGGGUGGCAUUGGGAUAAGAUUUUAACUGGGUAUUCUUGAAUUGCUUUUACAAUAAACCAAUUUUAUAAUCUUUAAAUUUAUCAGCUUUUUACAGUCGUGUUCUUUUUAGUUAGUGCUUCUUAGAUCUACUUAUGGUUGAUGGAGCACAUUGAUUUGGAGUUUCAGAUUUUCCAGAGCACUAUUUGUUAUAAUUACUAUUUUCUAAAUAUAGUGCCUUUUUAAAAAAAGGAAAAAAUAUAAGGAAGUGACUUUUAUACAAACGAUGUUGCUGUUUUAAGUAUUCAUACUAAAUAGAUGCAUUCUAUAUGGAACCUUGGCAGAAACACUGAAAAACUACUUAAUUGUGUAAUUCAUACCAAUCAAUGUUGAAAUUCAAACAGUGCAAAAGUGGGAGGCAAUAUCAAAUGAUUUACAAUUUCAGAGCUUCUGCACAUCUGAGAAGGAAUGCUCGGAUCAAUUUUAUCUUCCAUAAGCACGGUUUUAAAAGAGUUGUGGGUGUGCCUAUCUUAACAAUUGUUUUCUGUAUCUUGAAAAAGUAUUCUCCACAUUUUAAAUGUUUUAUAUUAGAGAAUUCUUUAAUGCACACUUGUCAAAUAUAUAUAUAUAGUACCAAUGUUACCUUUUUAUUUUUUGUUUUAGAUGUUAAGAGCAUGCUCAUAUGUUAGGUACUUACAUAAAUUGUUACAUUAUUUUUUCUUAUUUGUAAUACCUUUUUGUUUAUAUGGUUCAAAUAUAUUCUUUCUUUAAACUGUU